UGCCCUUUAGAUUUGGACUCCACUACCCUGGGAAAAAGACCUUGGCUGUUAACCCUAUCCAUGUCCUUGACUUGAUCCAACAUCGCAGUUCCUUCCUUGCCACAGGGUCAAAAGUCAGGAGCUCCUUCCCUGUCGGCCUGUGGGUGUAUCUACACCAACAACAACUGCAAAGUUUUAAGAUGGUGUCUCCCCACCACCUGCGAGCAAUUAGGGAUGGGUGGCGAAUGCUGACCCAGCCAACAAUGCCCAUGCACAAGAAAUGGUAAAAGAAGUGACUUGAAUUACAGCAUGCAGAUUAGCUGCAGCUAAUGCUUACUGUGUAACUAGGGUCAGCCUCUCGAGCUAGCGCUGUUUCACUCUGACCAUCAAGGUGUCACUUUCCUGUCUUGUUGCUGCCAGACACACCAAUCGUUUAUAUUCUGUUUAAUUGUUUCUGCCGCUGCAUAGACCUCUUAGGUCUGUGUCUGUGUGUGGUAACGGCGUCAGGAAUCGGAUGUCGCUGAGUCAGUGCACCCAUCAGCAUAUGUAGACCCUCUAAGCAGCUGCAUAGCUGAUGAUUGCAGAAAGUCUGUCUUGCAUUGCCACAGCUCUGUACAUACCAUACAAUGAUGCCUUCCAUCCCCAAUACCCAGUCCUUUCAUUGAAUUAUUUACAUAGGUUUGAGGGCUUCCUAUGAAUUAGAAGUCUUUGCAAAUUGCCGUUAGGUUUUUUAAAUUUCUGGGAGCCAUUUUAAUGCUUUUGAUGUUCUUAAUCGCAGGAUUUGUGUGAAUAUUUAUAAAUAAUAUGCACUUUUUUUUCCCCUUUCAAGCUUGACCUGCUUGAGGACCAAACAUGGAGUUGGUGAAGAAUGUUCACUCUGGCCUUCCUCUUCCUGAGCCAGACUCUGAAAUCCAGCGGCUCUCUCUGGUCCGCGGCGAUUACCUCUACUAUCAUUAUGGCUGUGAUGGGACAGAUGACUGUGGUUGGGGCUGUGGCUACCGGACGAUGCAGACACUCUCCUCCUGGAUUAUUCUGCAGCAGACGAACAUAAAGAACGACCGGGUGCCCUCCUUGAAGGAGGUGCAGGAGGCACUGGUGGAGAUGGAGGAUAAGCCCCAAAACUUCGUUGGCUCUAAGACCUGGAUUGGCUCCUUUGAGAUUGCACUGUGCAUCGAUAAGUUCUACGACGUCCCAUGCAAACUGGUCCAUGUGCGCCGAGGGGGUGAGCUCCUGCAGAAAGUCGAUGAGCUCUACCUGCACUUUGACACACUGGGUUCCCCCGUCAUGAUGGGUGGUGAUAAUGACAAUGCUUCUAAGGGGAUUCUGGGCAUGUGCACGGGCAUGGAGAACCACUACCUCCUCGUCCUCGAUCCCCAUUAUUCUGGGAAGACCUUAGACAAGGAAUAUGCCCAAAGGAAAGGCUGGGUUGCUUGGAAGAGGCUGGACUUGUUUGACCAGAAUUCGUUCUAUAACUUCUGCCUCCCUCAGUGCAAAGGUGUGUAACCAUGCAACGUCACUGCCACACAUGUCCGUCUACUCUUGCAUUGUGGUCUAUUUAUUGAACAGCCAUGAUAAUUGGUUGAAAUGAAGCUUCAAUUAAAAUAUGCUCCUGUACAAGGUUAAUGUAA